AUGGAUCGCGAAGAAGCGCGAGCGCGUAUGCUACGUCUAUGGAUGACACUAAGCUCGAGCGCAGCUGGUCGUACUUCCAUCCUCACUACGGAACGCACCAUAGUGCAUGCGGAGUCGGUGACCGCCAAUGCAAAACAGACGCUUUUUGCCUGCACGAACUUGGCUACCCCGCUCGGGACGUACAAGUAUGCGGUCUUACGUGAUCGAGAUAUCGCCCAGAUUGAGCACCAAUUGACAGCUCAAGAACUUGAGACGCUAUUGCUUGAUGUCGCGAGAACCGCCUAA